ACUUCCACCUUAGUAGUGUGCCUGUAACUGCGUUGAUGACAAUCUGCGCAUGCGCCUCAACUCCUCGACUUGCCGUAGAAAGCAAAGGUUCUCCGGACGAAAAUGUCAUACAUAAAACUGAUGUCGCUGUGCGCCGCGGCUCCGGGCCUGGUUGCGAUUGCUUCCUGCGAGACUGCAAAAAAGAACACACAGCCGGCACUGCGUAUUGACGAGCUGCCGUCUUUGUACACCAGACCCCAGGAGGAUUGGCGGCGUGUGGAGACAGAGGAGGCAGCGUUGCCGGGCCCUUUGGAGCAGAGCAUGGCAUCACUGAGGAAAUGGGCACAGCCGUACGCAGACCAGUGUCAGGAAGCAGGUCGGACCACAGCAGGCAAAGCUGAGGAAGUGUACAGAAUGGUGGAGCCCACCAUUGACGCCAUCGUCACAACAGUCACGGACGCCUAUGAGUUCCUCAGUGCUCCUCCCCCAGACCUCUACCCCAGCGCGGCAGCAGUGGGCUUCUCAGGCUUGCUGGGUCUCUACUUGGCCAAAGGGUCAAAGGUGAAGCGUGUGGCGUUUCCAGUGGGCCUCAUGGCCUUGACAGCCUCCAUGUUUUACCCUCAGCAGGCGGCCUCACUUUUCAAGGUGAGCAGAGACUCCGCGUACUUGUGGGUUCAGCAAGGUCGCGUCGCCGUGGAGGCGCUUUGGAAAGAUCCGCCUUUUGGCAAAAAGAAGCUUGACAAGACAGAACGGCGGGACAGCGGCCACAGCAGCUGAAGCUGGAGAAGAAACGCACGUACGCGCUUUUGACCGAUUAUCUUCACGCUAAAUGCAAGGUCUCUCGACAAAAAGCUUAUUGUGUGUAGCUGACUCCUGGAGUUGGCUGUGCAAAUAACAUACUUGACACCUUCUUUCUAUCACAAUACUGAUAUUUCUAGUUAGGACUCUGAACAAGUUGUUCUUUUAUGGCUUUGAAUAUUCUUUUGUGUGGUUUGGCUGUCAAUGACACGCACAACCACACACACUCUGCCUGAUCCUUUCUUCUCACGCAUCAUCUUCCUCCUUAUGAGAGUCAGGCGCUCUUUACAUUCUACAGCAGCACACCUCAGUGGUAAAUGGUAUGGAUGUAAACAUAUACUAGACUUAUUGAAUAAAGAACACUAUGUGAUCAAA